UGAGGAAAAGCCCAGAAACAACAAAAUAAAAAUCUUCUGACAAAACGGCAAGAAUUUAAUUGUUCACAUUCAAAAUAAUAAGGGAUAAUAGAGAAAAUCAAGAGAGAGAGAUGGGAGACGAACGGGUGAAGAAUGAAGCAAUGGAGAUUAUGGGACUGGUUCAGUUUCUGCCUCGCCUCGUCGUCUUCGAUCUCGAUUACACCCUCUGGCCUUUUUACUGCGAAUGUCGCUCCAAACGAGAAAUGCCAAAAUUGUAUCCUCAUGCCAAAGGCAUUCUCUGCGCUUUCAAGGAUAAAGGUGUUGAUGUUGCUAUUGCCUCAAGAUCACCAACUCCCGAUAUAGCGAACACGUUUCUUGAGAAAUUGGGGAUAAAAUCAAUGUUUGUGGCUCAGGAGAUAUUUUCCAGUUGGACCCACAAGACUGAUCACUUUCAGAGAAUUAAUCGGAGAACUCAGAUUCCAUAUAAUGAAAUGCUCUUCUUUGAUGAUGAGGAUCGCAACAUUGACUCAGUUUCUAAAAUGGGUGUAACAAGCAUCUUGGUCGGCAAUGGUGUGAAUCUUGGAGCUUUGAGACAGGGGCUCUCCAACUUUUCACAAAAUCGUUCAUCUUCAGAAAGAAACAAACAAGGACGGCAAAGAAUUUCAAAAAAAUCAAGUUCAUCAGAAACGGAGGAAUAGAUCCUCCACUAUUUUUGAAGUAUGGCAACCUAAGAUUACCUCAGAUUUGAAUUCACACUCAUUGGAUAAACAUAUGGACAUUGAUAUAUUGGCUGGCGGAUUAUUGAAUUGGUUGUAUAUUGGCUUCUUUAUGUUGUAUUCCAAAGAUGCCGAGAGAUAUGUGAUAAAU